AUAUUUUUAUAAAAAAAAACAAGUAUUUAGUCGCCAAACAACUUUUAGUAGUCGCGUCUUUGCAUGAAUGUUUUUGUAAUUUAGUUGAAGAAAUUGAAGUAAAUUUGAUUUAUUUAACUGGAAAUAAGCCAUAUGAAAUGGACGAAAUGGAUGGGUAUAUUGGUGCCAAACAAAAACACACUCGACGCAGAUUGAAUCCAACCAUUCGGUGGAACGAGAUUCAAACACAUGAACUACUAGAGCACGUUAUAGAGGAAGUGGGCAUUCACCCAGGCAGAUUCGAGAAACCUACAGCCCAGAUUUUCUAUGCCAAGAUUUGUGAAAAGGCUUCGGCUGCUAUACGACAUCUUAGUUGGCAGAUACUGAAAAAUAAAAUGCGAAAUUUGAAGACAACAUUUCUGGCCGCAGCAACAUGGAAGGCACACGAGGGCGCUAAACUAAUAGCAGAGGGCAAGGAAUGUUUGUAUCAUGAUCACUUAAAAAGAGUUUGUCCAUAUUUUGACCUAUUGGAGCGCUUAUACGGACAUUUGGUUCAAGCCCGCAGCGUGUCUUUAUUAGGAGCAGCAAUUUCAAGCGAUCUAGACGAGUAUACUGAUGAAAUGGUCACUAAUGAAGUCCUUUCCUCGGAGCUGGAUUCAAUGUCCACUCCUAGUCAUGCUCAAAGCGAGAUGCCCACUGAAAAUGUGUUCAUCAAAUUAGAGGAAACCGAACCCACCAUUACACACUCUGAGUUACAAGAAACUAAUUACACCGCUGGCAAUGCGGAUCCGAUUGAAGACUACAAUGCAAUUAUCAAUCGGCCACGACUGGAAUAUACGCCUGAACCAUCAACGGCCAGCAAUAGCGAAACGGAUUUUACAGCAAACCGGACGCUCGUGGAAAGGUUUCCGAGAAAAAAACCAGCCACAGAAAUGUCAUCCGUUUCGCAGCUGGUGACAAUGCAGGAGAAGAAGCUUAAAUUUGAAGUUAUGAAGCUGCAGCAGCAGUUGAACUUGGAACGACAGAAAUUAGAUUUGGAGCGGGACAAAUUAUGCCUGGCCAGAGAGCAGAGUCAUGUCGAUAUGGAGAUGAAGCGGCUACAACUCCAGCACGAAAUGGAUUUGAAAAAGCUUGCUAUGGAACGAGAUGAAAGGAUUGCAUUGGCUAGAAUUAGGCUAGAAGUUGAAAGCCAGGAACGUAUUAGAAAGUAUGAGUUAGAUUUGAAGGCUACCAAAGAAUAAAUAUGUGUAAUAGAUUUACCUUGUACAA